AUGAGAUUUACUGGUAAUCUAUCUGAGACUGAUUCUCUAAAGACUGGUUUUUUAAAAUUUCCAUAUACAAACAAAGAAGGAAACAGCACAUGGCUCGCGGCAACGCAUUUCGAGCCGGACGGAGCCAGACAAGUGUUUCCGUGUUGGGAUGAGCCAGCAUUAAAAGCUACCUUCAAUAUCUCUAUAAUGCAUCAUCAGAAAUAUAUGGUAUUGUCAAAUAUGCCAAGACGGAAGGUAUCCAUAGAACUAAAUGACAUGAUAUGGACACAUUUUUAUACCACUCCUAUAAUGUCUACUUACCUCGUGGUAAUUGUGGCAAUCAUCCAGUCCGAUUAUGUCACGAUUAUCAAUAAAAACGAGAAUAUCAGUAUGUUGUGUAGGUCAUCUUUGACAUCGCAAGUAACAUUCGCACAUAGUAUUGUUGAAAGGAUCAUGCCAUUCUUGAUUCAAUACACUAAUAAUUCCGAAAAAGUACCAAAAGUGGAUAACAUCUUGAUACCAAAUUUUCCGGUUGAAGGCAUGGAAAAUUGGGGACUCAUUAUGUACAGAGAACUACAUGCUGUCUACAAUACUAGCACAGAUCCAACAUAUAAGAGAAGAGAAAUAGCAAAAUUAGUAACACAUGAACUUGUACACCAAUGGUUUGGCAAUUUAGUUACUGCAUCUUGGUGGUCGUACCUGUGGUUAAAUGAGGGAUUUGCCGUAUUCUUCCAAACGUACAUCAUCAACAAGUUCUCCUUAGAACGUUCUUUGGAUGUCCUUAGGAUGUUCUUCGGAGAACUGUGCAACUUGUAUUCAUCGAAAAUAGUAUAUCACCCGAAACGUGAACUUAGAUAUUAUAUUGACGAUUUGUGGAGCGCCAUGCAAAGUGCUCUAGAUGAAUCUGAUGUCCCACACGAAGGUUACAGAAUAAAAGAAGUGAUGGAUACUUGGAUAAAUCAAGAACGUUAUCCUGUGGUAAACGUAAUGAGGAAUUAUGAAACUGGCGAAGUAACAUUAUCACAAAGAUGCUUCCGCGCUCGGGAAAUGGGUGAAUGUAUCAAUAGUACAUGGUGGAUACCCGUGACUUACGCUACGGAAUCUAAUCCGGAUUUUUCCAAUGCUGUGCCUAAAUUUUGGUUACGACCAAAUCAAAACGUAAGCUUCAAAAGUGAUCCAAACGAUUGGAUUAUUCUUAAUGUACAACAAACUGGAUACUAUCGUGUCAAUUAUGAUACGAGGAAUUGGCAUAAAAUUUCAUAUUACUUACAUGUUAAGAAUUACACGAGUAUACACGUUCUUAAUCGUGCUCAAAUCAUUAGUGAUUCGUAUACUUUUAUGAUGGAAGAAAAUAAAGAAAUGAGAUGGUUGUCAAAGCUUCUUUUACUGCCAGGGACUGGAAAUGUCAAGAUACGCAUGUUAGAUCUCCUCGAUAGACUUCUUCAAAAUGUAGGAUAUGAAGAAAAUCUUUAUGAUGAUGAUAUCACCAAGUUGAAAAGAUUAGACGUCUUAAAAUGGGCAUGUAUCAUUGGUCACGUGGGAUCUACAAAUCUAGUUUUUUGUAUCGAUGAUAAUUUAAAAGUUAUCCAUCGUUUACCCAACAACACGAUUCCUGUUCAUUAUAACAUUUACCUGACAUUGCAUCUGAAGGAAGGCAACUUUACUUUUUAUGGUGAAUCCAAUGUCAAUAUCGAAAUUCGUUUUGCAUCAUCACAAAUAAGUUUACACUCAAAAGAAUUAGAAAUAAAUGAAACGGCGACAACGUUGGUUAAUGAUAAAGGUACAGUUUAUAAACCGAUGGAAUAUACUUACAACAAUGCAACAAAUAUUUUGAUACUUCAUUUCGAUCAUGAAUUAUCACCGAGUUUCUAUACUCUUAAUAUGAGAUUUACUGGUAACCUAUCCGAGUCUACUGAUUCCCGAAAAACUGGUAUUUUCAAAAUUCCGUAUACAAGCGAACAAGGAAACACGACAUGGCUCGCGGCAACACAUUUCGAACCGGACGGAGCCAGACAAGUGUUUCCGUGUUGGGAUGAGCCAGCAUUAAAAGCUACCUUCAACAUCUCUAUAAUGAAUUAUGAUAAGUACAUGGCAUUGUCAAAUAUGCCAAGACGAAAUAUAUCCUUCGAACCAAAUGACAUGACAUGGACAUAUUUUGAUACCACCCCUAUAAUGUCUACUUACCUCGUGGUAAUUGUUGCAAUCAGCCGGGCCGAUUUUAUCACCAUUUCUAAUGCAAACCUGAAUGUCAGUACGUUGUUUAGGUUCUCUUUGCAAUCGCAAGUAAGAUUCGCACAAGAUAUUGCUGAACGUGCCAUGACAUUCUUGAUUCAAUAUACUAAUAAUUCCGAAAAAGUACCAAAAGUGGAUAACAUCUUGAUACCAAAUUUUCCGAUUGAAGGCAUGGAAAAUUGGGGACUAAUUACUUACAAAGAAUCAAGUAGUACCUACGAUGAUAGAACGGAUCCAACAUAUAAAAGAAAAGAUGUAGCGUCGUUAGUAGCACAUGAAAUUGCACAUCAAUGGUUUGGUAAUUUAGUCACUCCAUCUUGGUGGUCUUACAUAUGGUUAAGCGAGGGGUUAGCUACGUUUUUCGAAACGUACAUCAUCGACAAGAUUUUCAAAGAUUGGCGAACGAUGGAUUUUUUUGUAGUUAAAACAUUACACAAUUGUUUAAUGGUAGAUAUUGGCUUAAUGAAUUCGGUUACAUUGAAACUUGACAAUGUUCUUGAAGAUGAGUUGCUAUUUUCAAUUAUAUCAAAAAGUAUAUCAAUACUUGUAUCAGAAGUAUAUCAAAAAGACGAUUUGUGGAGCGCCAUGCAAAGUGCUCUAGAUGAAUCUGAUGUCCCACACGAAGGUUACAGAAUAAGAGAAGUGAUGAAUACAUGGAUAAAUCAAAAACGUUAUCCUGUGAUAAACGUGAUGAGAAAUUAUGAAACUGGCGAAGUAACAUUAUCACAAACGUGUUUUCGCACACAAGACACUGCUGAAUGUAUCAAUAGUACAUGGUGGAUACCUGUGACUUACGCUACGCAAUCCAAUCCAGACUUUUCCAAUGUUAUCCCUAAAUUUUGGUUACGACCAGAUCAAAAUAUAAGCUUUAGAAUUAAUCCAAACGAUUGGAUUAUUCUCAAUUUGCAGCAAACUGGAUAUUAUCGUAUUAAUUACGAUACGCGGAAUUGGCAUAAAAUUUCAUAUUAUUUAAAUUCUGAGAACUAUGCGAAUGUACACGUUCUUAAUCGUGCUCAAAUCAUUAGUGAUUCAUAUGUCCUUUCGAUGGACGAAAAUAAAGAAAUAAAUGGAGUCUUAUUUGUUAAUCUUGUAAGUUAUUUGGAGCGAGAAACAGAUUAUGUGGCAUGGUAUCCAAUGUUCAAAAUUGUAGAAUAUAUAUGGUCGUCUAAAUAUCUUUUUCUAACGGAGGCCAAAAGUAUCAAGAUACGUAUAAUGUAUCUUCUCAACACGCUUCUUAAGAACGUAGGAUAUGAUGAAAAUUCUUAUGAUGACGAUAUCACAAAACUGAAAAGGCAAGCCGUUUUAAAAUGGACAUGUAUCCUUGGUCACGCGGGAUGCAAAGAAAUAGCUUCCGAAAGAUUAAGUCAACAUCUCGCAAAUCCUGAUACUCAUAAAAUCUCUAAUAAGAACAACGUAUAA